AUGCGAGGGACCCUAGAGGAAAAAGUUAUGAGCCUUCAGAGGUUCAAACUAUCGGUUGCCACUGCUGUUGUCAAUGCCGAGGAUGCCAGUUUGAAAACCAUGAAUGCUGACCAGUUGCUCGAUCUAUUUGCCUCUGCUGAAACAUCUAAAAAAGGAGCUAGUUCUUCAAAACGUGCAGAGAGCGGUAUUGACGGAGACCCUAAAUUAAUGGGUACGGAGAAGGGAUUAAAAGCCAUUCUUGGUGGUUUGGAGGAGCUUUGGGAUCAAUCACAAUAUACAGAGGAAUACAAUUUGAACCAGUUUUUAGCUAAACUUAAUGGCUGAGAUCAAGCUGUUCAAAGACAAACUUCAAAUGGUCGAGAGAUCAUUCCCGGAUGACCACUCGGGUUUUUGGAUCACGGCAUGCUAGAUUUUGAUUCCUGCCAGUUAGUACUGAAGCUAAUCGACGGAAGCCAGCUGCUCAUCUGUAAAAGAAAAUGUAUAUAUCUAAUUUAGGACCCUAAUUUUGGUAAAUUUUAGGUUUAGCUUUCAAUUUUUGAAAUAUAUUCACCCAAAAUUUGGGAUGUUAUUGCCAAAAUUUUGUCUAUCCCGAAGUUUGCACAAGUGAGACGGGGGAGAGAAGGAAGAAAAGAACGAAGGCUGGUUUUGAAGUGGUUGGUCCCAAGUCCGGAGAUCAGAGUUUGAGUUGGUCGGAAAUUACAGGUAGAGAGUUGUAAAGCCGAUUAUUGUAUAUAACUUUCUUUUCUCAUAAAUCUAUAGAUUUGUC